ACACCUCUAUCAUGGGCUGCGGAAAAAGGGCAAUUAGAGAUUGUGAAACUAUUACUAGUGAAUAACGCGGACUCUAACUCGACGGAUAGUCAAGGUCGAACACCAUUAUCAUGGGCUGCAGACAAAGGAGAAUCGGAGAUUGUGAAGCUCCUACUUAAAAAGAAUGCCAAACCUGACUUAAGUGAUAGAAAUGGACGAACACCUCUAUCAUGGGCCGCAGAAAAAGGACAUCCAGAGAUUGUGAAACUAUUACUAGUGAAUAACGCGGACUCUAACUCGACGGAUAGUCAAGGUCGAACACCAUUGUCAUGGGCAGCAGAACGUGGCCAUGAGAGCGUCGUAAAUGUUCUCAUUGAG